AUGUCUGAGUGGAGACCAGUGACAAACGGUGUUCCUCAAAGGUCCAUACUGGGACCAGUAUUAUUUAACAUCCUUGAUGGGGACCUGGACAGUGAAAUAGAGUGCACCCUCAGGAAGUUUGCCGAGGACACCAAGCUGAAUGGGGAGGUUGGUACUCUAAAGGGAAGGGAUGACAUGCAGAGGGACCUGGACAAGCUUGAGAGGUUGGCCCAUGCAAACUUCAUGAAGUUCAAUCAGGCCAAGUAUAAGGUCCUGCACCCGGAAGUAACGCUGAAGGUCCAUGUAAGUGAUGCCAGCACACAUCAGCCAGUAACUGAAGCCUUCAUUGAGAUUUUUACCAACCAGAUCUCCAUUGCAUCUGGAACCUCAGGAGCAGAUGGCACUGCCUUCCUCAAGUUUCAGUAUAAGUUGGGCAAUCAGCUGAUAGUGACUGCUAGUAAACAUGCCUAUGUGCCAAAUUCUGCACCAUGGAAACCUGUAAGAUUGCCUGUGUUCUCUUCGCUGAGUCUCGGCCUUCUUCCUGAACGCUCAGCUACUCUAAUGGUCUAUGAUGAUGUAGUCCAGAUAGUCUCAGGAUUUCAAGGUGCACGGACUCAGCCACAAGUUCACUUUCAGAGGAGAUCUGUGAAAUUACCAGAGAACACGAGCUACAGCGAUUUGACAGCGUAUCUAACUGCAGCCAGCUCACCCUGGGAAGUGGACAGUUUUCCUUAUUUGCAAGGAUUAGAUGGAAAUGGAACAGGAAACAGCACUAGGUAUGACCUCACCCCUGUCACUGCAGUCAGCGUUCAUCUCCUCAACAGCGAUGGGACUCCAGUCCCUGUGAAUGGCCCCAUCUACGUAACAGUGCCUCUCCCACCAAACAGCAACCUGAAGCACAAUGCGCACGUCCCAGCGUGGAGGUUUGACCAAAAAUUUGGGACAUGGCUGAAGAGUAGCUUGGGCCUCGUACAACAAGAAGGAAAUCAGUUGACUUGGACUUACAUCGCACCUCAGCUGGGCUAUUGGGUUGCAGCCAUGUCACCUACCGUCCCAGGUCCCGUUGUAACACACGACAUUACCAGCUAUCACACAAUGUUUCUUUUGGCAAUUUUAGGAGGGAUGGCUCUCAUACUUCUAGUCUUGCUGUGUCUGCUCUUGUAUUACUGCAGAAGAAAAUGUUUAAGACCACGUCAGCAUCAUAAGAAACUGCAACUUUCCACAGCACUGGACACUUCUAAGAAGGAUCAAGCGACCUCUAUGUCCCACAUAAAUCUGAUAUUUUCCCGCCGCGAGUCGGAGUUCCCUGGCGGGAUGUCCGUCGCUAGCAAUGGACACACCGAAAACUCAGGUGCAAAGGAACUGAUCAGUGCUGUCCACAUGGAGAUGGCAUCCCCCGGUGGGGAAGCAGACAUGCACACACCCAUGCUCAAACACUCCUUCAGUACUUCCCAGGAGUUUAGCUCCCGAGAGGAGCUGCUCUCGGACAAGGAGAAAGACAAGAGCAGAAUUUCCUUGGGUGACCUGACUCCCAGCGGGUCUCUGAGAAAAGACUACCACAAAUCAGCAGAUAGUUUUCCUUUAAAGCCAAGAAAAUCUACAGAAACAGCUGAAGGCUAUGAGUCCCCUGUCAAAGAUGACUAUAGGAGAAGUUACAAUGCUAUGCUGUCUCAGCCUUUAUUUGAAAAGCAAGAGAGAGAAAUUCAAGUAUCUAUGAACCAUAUUGCUACUGGAAGUAAAUACAAUAUUCAGGAACAAAUAUACCCCACACCUUCAGCCCCUGAAAAAGAGCUGCUGGACUGCAGACCUACUGAUUGUAUGAUGUCUCGUUCAGUUGAUCACCUUGAAAGACCUACAUCCUUCCCUCGACCGGGUCAGUUAAUCUGCUGCAGUUCUGUUGACCAGGUCAAUGACAGUGUUUACAGAAAAGUUUUGCCUGCAUUGGUCAUCCCAGGUCAUUAUAUGAAAUUGCCAGGAGAACACCCUUUUGUUAGCCAGCCGCUGGUUGUCCCAGCUGACCAGCAGAUUGAUAUAGAAAGACUUCAGGCUGAGCUUCCUAACCCUCACGCGCGGCUGUUUCCACACCCCCCCCAGCAGCUGCAGCCCCAGCAGUUGGCAUCCCAAGCAAUAUCUCAGCAGCAUUUGCAAGAUGCAGGUGCAGCUGAGUGGAGCCAACAGAAUGCUUCUAUGUCUGAAUCUAUUUCCAUUCCUGCCUCACUUAACGAUGCAUCCCUGGCUCAAAUGAAUAGCGAAGUGCAGCUCCUUACAGAAAAGGCUUUGAUGGAGUUAGGAGGUGGGAAGCCGUUGCCUCAUCCUCGAGCGUGGUUUGUUUCUCUAGAUGGACGUUCAAAUGCUCACGUUAGACAUUCGUACAUCGAUCUCCAAAGAGCUGGUAGGAAUGGGAGUAACGACGCCAGUUUGGACUCUGGUGUUGACAUGAAUGAACCAAAAUCUGCCCGAAAGGGAAGAGGAGAUCAUCUGUCUGCGCCACAGAGUCACCCACCAGUGCAGGAGCACCAGCAGAGAGAGCGGAAGGUUUCGGAUAGCACAGCUUACACACAGCUCGUGUACUUGGAUGAUAUGGACCAAAGUGGCAGCGAGUGUGGCACAGCAGUUUGUAGCCCCGAGGACAAUACUAUACGAUGCCUACUAGAAGGCACCAGUAAGAGAAGUGGCGUGCAGCUGCCCAGCCUGCAGGAGGAAACGAGAACUGUGGACACCAAACCAGAGCCAUUAACUAGUCCUGAGCACGGAACAUCAGUUCAAGAUGAUGAGGAGGAUGAGGAGGAUGAGGAAGAUGACCAAGGUGAAGAUAAGAAGAGUCCUUGGCAGAAACGAGAGGAAAGACCACUAAUGACUUUCAAUCUAAAGUGAGCUUUUGUGAAAAUCCACCAUUCAGUGGAGUAUAAAAUUGCCAAAUAUUCUUUCUGUGGAAGUGCUUGAUUAUUUUUUUCUUUUUUUUCUUUAUUUUUUUUUUUUUUGUGGAGAGAAAAGAAAAACAAACUGUGGUGAGCAACAUUUGAAAGAACUUAAAUGCAUUACUGUGUAAAUGUUAGAAAAGAAUUAAAAUCAUUCCUCUGAUUUAACAGCUGCCUCCGGUGAGAUAGCUGAACAAAGAGUGUGAUUGUUAUUCCAUAUACUUGAUAUUGGUCAUCCAGGAUGUUGAAAAUACUGACAAAUUGUUUUGGUUGGUUUAUGACCUCAAUCUCCUGAUGAAUGGGAGCUGGUAAAGCUUUUGUUUUAUAGGCCAAUUUUAUGUUGAUAAUGCUACUGAAAGUAUCUUAAAAACAAGAGUUUGACACGUGGUGUCCAAAAUUGUGCAUUAUCUCAAUGAAAGGCUAUGCAUUGCUGCUUUUAGUAAUAUUUUGCUUAUACUAUGCUUUCCUUAAUUUUCCAAGUUGGUUGUAAACAUUUUAUGUCCUUUAUUAUAAACUACUCAGCAAUUUAUUUUAAUGUAAAACUGCAGGAAACUUGAGUAGCAUCCCUUAGCAUUGAAGCCUUUUUAUGAAACCAAACUGAACUUUGUGUCGACUAAGAUUCCUCCAAUUCUGGUCCCAUUUACUCAAAGUGCCUUUUUUACAGUAACGAUGAACAGUCCCUUCUUUUGCUAACUCCUUUUAAUUGACCCCGUUUGGGAUUUUAUAAACUUCUGAACUUCUACCUUUUAUUUUAAGCUGCAUGCCAAGAGCCCCAUUUUGUGCUGAGCAUUUCUCAUUUCAAUACAGUGUAUUCUGUAGCUAUCAUGUAUAUUGUGGAUUCUGUUUAGCCAGGAUAGACUUAGAAGACAUUUUAAAGGGCCGAGAGUAGCCAAGAAGAUAGUUUCAUUGACUGUAUAUAUUGUUAGUUUCCUCUGGAAUCGUAUGAGCUAAUCAUGCUCAUAUAAAAUGGACUAUAGACCGAGCAAGUGGACUGAAUGUGUCUAGAAAUGUUUUGGGAAAAAAAAAAAAAAAUUAAUAAUGUACUAUCCAAAAGUGCCAGAAUGACUCUUCUGUGCUUUCUCCAUACAGAGCUGCUUGGUUAUCCAAAAACUAUAAUUGAAAAUAAAUUGCAAAAAAUAUCUUUGUGGA